ACGAAACGCUGCCCAGCAGCAAAUCUCAACUGAAGCAUUCUGCUGCUGGGCAUUUUAGUGGUCGGGUUGAGGGGAAUACGGUGUCGGAUUACGGCUUAUCGGCUUGGGCAUCGUACUAGAUACGGUGAAUUUACCCUUGAUAGGCUGUCAGCUGUGCUUAAAGGAUUAAUCAUGGUUUCACCAACAACUGUGAUAAAGAGCGUGGGUCCGAAGCUGGUGCCGUUCUUCAAGACUGCGGCGGUGUACUUUGUGCUGUUUAUCCCGGAGGACCGGCCCUCCUGGCUGGCGCUGGUCAUCAAGUGCCUGCCGGUCCUCUCGCUGCUCAUCUUCGUGUUACUGCACGGCAUGAGCCUCGGCGACGAGUACGCGUACGCGCGGCGCAUCAUGCUCGGCCUGAGCUGCUGCAUGCUGGGUGACGCGCUGCUCGUCUUCCCUGGCUUCUUCCUGGAGGGGAUGGCUGCCUUCGCCGCCGGACACCUCUUCUACAUAUCGGCCUUCGGCUUCAAACCCGUCAACCCGUACGCGGGCGCCGUGCUGUACUCGCUCGGAGCGGCCGCGCUGUACCUGCUGAUGCCGGGCGCUGAGGGUGUGUUCGUCGUCGGCCUGCCCGUGUACGCCGGCGCACUCAUCACCAUGGUAUGGCGCGCCAUCGCCCGCGUCCGCCUGCUCGAGGACUUCUGGACCUGGACCAAACUGUGCUCCUGCAUCGGCGGCAUCUGCUUCGUCAUCUCGGACACCUUCAUCGGCUUCCACGUGUUCUACGGCGCCCCGUACAUACAGGCGGCGGUGAUGGUGCUCUACUACGCUGGCCAGCUGGGCAUCGCCCUCAGCGUGGUCGACUCCAAGGCCUCCUACCUGGACGCCAGGCGCCGCGAGAAGCAGAGACUGACCGCCGACGGCGCGACGAAGAGUGCGCUCAACGCCGCCGCCCCGUGCGCCACAUUUGCCGCUGCUCCCUGCGCCACGAUCGCUGCCGCUCCGUGCGCUACAAUGGCCGCCGCCGCUGCCGUGGCCGCCGCUCAGUAGGUGGUGCUGCUGUCUACCCAGCAGUAUCGGCUUAGUCGGCUAGGAGGUGUUCUGCUGUCUGUUCAGCAGUAUCAGCUCAGUCAGCCCAGCAGCGGCCGCGUUGACUGAUCAGUAGGUGUUCCGCACAGCGGCGGCUAUGGGCUCACGCGGACUUUAGUUCAAACGGGCAUGGGCGUUAGUUCAAACAGGGAUGGGCGUUAGUUCAAACAGGCUCCCUCGCGGGUGUCGGGGCCUACUGGGAGAAAUGGCACAGCUCUCAGCGCGGCGGAGCAAUCGCCCGCCGGCUGCGCCGGAGCUUUUAUCAGCCUUUAGUAGAGAGGGCGCCCCAGCCGGCGCGGUCCCGGUCCUAGCCCGCUCAGUAGAGCGGGUAUCCGCCGCGGGACGCCCGUGCCCCACCUUCACACACCUGACCUCUGCUGGAAGACACUCGCGGAGCGGGUGUAUAUCGCGCUUUCAUUGGUGAUCGUCCGGGACGCCGAUCGCGGGUUCCAUAGCAUCAGCUUCCGGGGCCGGUGCUGCUACACAUUUCCUUUGAGGUUCAGAGCUUGCCUAGUGCCAAGGCUUCGAUUUAUCGGUCAUCUUGACCGAAUACCAUUGGGAAAAGUGAGAAAGCAGGGAGCCUGGUGAUGCCUCUGGGUUCCAAUGUCGAGAGAUCUGUAAAUGCGUCGCGUGCUUUUGCCUCGAGAGAACUGCACGGGUGGCCGAGAAGCCGCUUUGGUCUAAUGUAACGGGUCGACUGACACUGGUAUUGAUGUUACCGGCGAGCGCGUUAUAAGUUCGGGAUGAAGGGAGACUGCGGGACACCAGCGAUAUCGCCGAGGGAGCUGGGGGAGGGGAGGCAUCCCCCUCCCCUGGGGGAGGGAAGGCAUCAUCCGGGGCUUACCAACGUUACAGAGUGCAGCCCAAAAUCCUAUUGCAGCUGAACUCAAAAAGUGUCCCUAAUCAAAAACUAGCCUCACAAAACUAAUUUAGCACGGCAUUUCCCGAAUUGGCACCACCGAUUCUAGCUGACUAUCCAUCCAAUGCGGGCGUGUCGGUAACUUAUGCGGCUGAUGAUGAUGAUGAUGAUGAUGAUGUUCCUCCCGGCCCCAGCUAUUGCCGGGGCGUAGCCGAUCGGCUCUGGAAUGAGCGAAAGCCGGCGGCAAAGGCCGCCACCACGUCGUCCCGUCGUAGGUCAGGUGGUCGACCGUGCAUGUUUCCCAGCGCGUGGAGGCGCGUGCCGCACAGGCACGGGCAGCGAAGCAGCACGUGUCGCGGCGUAUCCGCCUCCUCGCCGCACACCAGGCAUCGAGCCGCUGGGCACUCGGUGUCGGCGCAGCCCUGACAGGUGUCAGUUGGGCGGCGUCCGAUGCGGUGCAGGUACUGGGCCGACUGGCUCCAGUGUCCCGCCCGCAGCUGAUGUGUGUCAACCGCGGCCAUCCGGUUGUCACCGCUGACCGGUCCCGGUAGAUGUUCUUCACCGAAUAUUUCCUUGUACCAGCCGUCUGGCCAUGCACGUUGCCACUGGCGCCGGGCAGACCUGGCGGCGGCGCGGGUGGCGCUCCUGGUGUCAAUAGGGGCAUUUGACUGGUCCAUGCCUGCGGCCUCCUUUGCGAUUGCAUCGGCGCGCUCGUUGCCGGCCAGGCCACAGUGGGCGGGCACCCACUGGAGGUGCACCGGUCGACCGCGCUCCACCAGUAGCAGCAGCUGCUGCCAGAUGGUGGCUCCCAGCUGGGUAGUCUGGGCUGCGGGACCGCUCUCCAGUGUCAUCAGCGCCGCACGGGAGUCUAGGCAGGCUAUGAUUGGGUCGUCACCGCCGGCGGGGGCGGCGUCCUCUUGCUCGAUCUCCACGAUCUUUGCGAGCGCGUCUCGGAGUGCAACCAGCUCCGCUCUUGUGCUCGAACAGUAGACGCCUGCUGGGGUUCUGACCUCUUCCGUGUUGCCGUUCGGGAGGGUGAUGUGGGCGCCUCCUCCGCCCGAUGUCACUCCUCCUGUCGCUGAUCCGUCCGACCAUAUCCAGAUCGCGCGCUCCGCCCCCGGGAGCUUCUCUAGUAGGUCCUCUGCCGCGGUUCUCCGGGACUCAUCUGAUCUGCCUCUUGCGCAUGCGGGUCCAGCGGUGGGGGCGAUGGAGACUCCUUCCGUAGGAGUCCACGGAGGGAGAGUUGCCGCAAGGCUGGGCUCGACUGGAACAUCCAGCGCUCCCAGGUCGCGUAGGGUGUUGCGCCCCAGCUCGCGCCAGCCGCGAACGGCGGAGAGGCGGGAGUGCUGUGUCGCGGUGGCCACGGCUCUCAGUGGGUCGUCUGGAGGCAGCGAGGCUGCUCUCAUCACCAUUCUCGUGGCUAGAGUGGUGCGUCGCAUCUCUGCCGUGGCCAUGCCGGCCUCCGCCAUCAGGCCGUGCGUCGGCGUCGACAUGGGACAGCCGGUGACUGCCCUGGCCGCCGCGCGCAGUUCCCGAUCGACCAGCUCCACGUGGGACGGGGAGGCCGCCGGCAGCCAGGCUGCUGCAGCGUACUCUAACGCGCCGCGAACAUAGCCGUUGGCUACUGUGCGCAGGUGAUGCUCUCGUAGUCCCCAUGAGUGGCCGGUGAGCUUCCUCAACUGUGCUGUGCGUGGGCGGACCUUGCGGCGCAGGCUGGCGCAGUGCUCGCCGAAGUGGAGGAGGCGGUCUAGCGUCACUCCCAGCAGCUUGACAUGAGAUGUUGCGGUGACGUCCGAUCCUGCGACCUUGAGCGUGACAUUCUUGGCGUCAGGGGCCCACUGAGACAGAACCAGGAUUUGGGUUUUGUGGCCGGCGAUGUUCAUCUUGUUCUUGGUCGCCCAUCUCGCCAUCAUGUCUGCCGAUUGCUGUGCUCGGGACAGAGCCAUCUGGAUGUUCGGGCCGGCGCUCACUGUGGCGGUGUCGUCUGCGUACAUGUAGCAGUCCGUGCGGGGCACCUUGCGCAGCUCCUCGAUGAGGUCGGCGGCCCAGAGCGUGUAUAGGGUCGGCGCGAGCACGGAUCCCUGCGGCAGGCCGGCUCUGAAGGGCCUGUCCCGGCUGCGAACGCCGUUUACCUCCACGCAGGCUCGGCGAUCCCUGAGCAGCUGGAAGAUCCAGGUGACGAGGCAUUUAGGUAGGUGUCUCAGCAGUUUGUUCUGGAGCAUCUUGUGGUCGAUGGUAUCAUAUGCUCGCGCGAAAUCGUAGGCGACGAGCACAAACUUGUCUGCAGUGAUGCCGUCCUUUGGGCGGCCGCGAGCCUUCGGCUUGUUCCAGCCACUUAUGCGGCUCGCAGACCCAGCAAACUCCCUUUCGCGCCUAGCUGGGUAGCACCUAACGUCUCUGAGUUCAGAAGUACGGGGUCGUAUGGCUCAGCUGACGCACACACUGCUGAGACCGACAGUUGAAUGUCGGCAUAAAACAUCGUGCAAUUUUGGCCAUAAGUGGCGCACGCUCAGAUUAAGAAAGACGUGAUCCUUAUACCAAAUAGUUGGUAGGUUUUCAUCUCUUCGAUGUCGUAUGUCCUGUGUAGGGUUAUGUCUGCACAUGUGCGCGUGCCGCGCCCCCGCCCGGUGUCGGCGCUAUGUCCCUCGGGCGCUUAUCGCCGCCGUUCCAGCAGUCUUCCUUUGUUGACGUUGAGUUGAUGCUGCAUCGCCUCGAGCGCCGCGUACUUCUUGUUCACCUGCUCUUAGAGACUGUAUGAGCCACUGUGUGAGAGAGAUCAGUGUCCCUGGCUUUCCUCUCGGUACCUUUGUGGUUAGUUUUAAGUCAGAUCGUUGUUGUGACUGCUACCACGGGAGCCCUCAAAUGGUCUAAGUAGUUUCUGUAAGUACGGUCGAAGUAUAAGCUAGUUUCUAUAUAGUUAUAGCUGUAUUUUAUGGUGACUGAUACCGGGACGCGCGUUUGGCGAACGGCCGAGACCGAGCGUGCGCUUGGCCCCGGUAAUUUGCAAUACCAGGCUUGCCACAAAAGUUCAUUUCGUCACGUGUGAGGGGUCUCGGUGUAGUGACUGUAGUGCUGGCGGUCUGCUCGGGCCGUGGCCCCUCCCUAUCCUCUGUAGUGAUUAGUAUAGUGUGCUGCAGGCGGUGCCGAGAAGACGACGAAGGUCUGAGGAACGGUCACUGGAGCGGGGCUCAGAGUGCGAGUGGCCGCGGCUGGUGUCGGAGGCGGGCCGGGAGAGGGCGCCCAAGAACUGGCCGGGAGGCGGCGCCCUCGAACUGGCCGGGAGGGUGCACCCUUGAAAUGGCUGGGAGAGGGCGGCCAGGGGCUGGCCGGGAGAGGGCGCCGGCGUUAGACUCAGGAAGCGGGACAGGGCACCGCAGUGAAUGGACCGUCUUUUCGUGGUCGUAUGUCAAACCAUACCGUAUUGUGUCGAUGUUUGCGGGCUGCCCCGCACCUGGCUCCUGCCAAAUAUACAUACAUAUUCACCUCG